AAUUGGUAUGUCGCUUUAGAUAGAUAGUUCUCCAAGUGCUCUGCAACGGUGAACACCUUCUUCGAGAUCGUGGUAUGAUUAUACAGGGUGUUGUAUGUUAGCGCGGUCAGUGCGUCAUCAAUAUGGGACCGAUAAAUCGGCUCGUUAGCAUUUCGUGUUUAGUGCAAGUGUUAUGUUUUUGGACUGUUCGCGUAAACGGACAUGUAGCAUUGACUUUUCCGCCUGCCAGAAAAUACGACUUGGAUUUCUUAGAUAGUUCGAGGACGAAACCGCCAUGCGGAAUGCCAAAAGGCAGUAUUAAAACCUCAUUAUUAGAAGGUAGCAAAUUCAACGUAUCAUGGCAUUUGGGAUAUCCACAUAGGGGUGGAUUCAAAAUACAACUUUUAGACCAUUUAGAAAGACCGGUACUAGAUUUAACUCCAACUAUUAAAGGUUCAGAAUACGUAACCAAUGAUGCUACAGCGCAAACAUUCCAAGUACAAUUACCAUCACAAUUCAACUGUGAGAACUGCACUUUAAGACUGAUAAGACAGGCUCUUGAAUGGGGAGAGGACUACAAAUUUUGGUCAUGCGCAGACGUCGAUAUUUUACCAAGAAAAAAAUUUAGGGAAACUUGCAGCGGGCACGGCAAGAAUUUAGUUGGUAGAUGUAAAUGUGAUCGACUUUACUAUGGAGAAGUUUGCCAGUACAGAGAUGAAUGCCUGGAAGACAGUGAUUGUGGAGAUCAUGGAAAAUGUAUACAUAUUGGUGGGACCGUCAUGCCAAAACAACAAUGUUAUUGCCAAUUAGGAUGGUUUGGUCCCGGAUGCAUUAAAAGGUCUGCUGUUAGAUCGACGGAAAUUGAUUUCGAUUUAUACACUGAAAAACAAUUAAGUCCUACUUUCCGCUUGUACUGGAGAAUUCUAAAAGAACACAAUGAAAUUGAAGCUAUCUUAGUGGUAAAUGGUACCAGUUAUGCCGCUUUAGGCUGGAGACCAAAAUCACUCACGAAAAGCUGCAAAAAUUUCCCCCAAAUAGGUCCUAUCGCUAUGAAAAAUUCGACAACCUCUAAACCAGAACCUAAAAGCGAACCAGAACCUAAAAGCGAACCAGAGCCUAAAAGCGAACCAGAACCUAAAAGCGAACCCGAGCCUAAAAGCGAACCUGAACCUGAGCCAACCAGUUUACCAGAACCUAAGAGUGUUUCUGAACCUAAAAGCGAGCCUGAACCCAAGAGUGAACCAGAACCCAAGACUGAAGCCGAACCAAAUACCACACAGGCAUCAAAGUAUAGGAAAUCACUUUAUUCUAGGAGGUCUGCUUCACAAACUCCCCCUUUAAAGAAGGAACAAGUAGCAAACGAUGUUGUAGAAACUAGUGUUUCAUUCCAAGUUAGCAGAAAACAAGGUAGAAAACGAAGAGCUGCUAGCGAACCUGUACCAGAACCCACUAGCGAUCAAGCAACGACACAAGAGGACACGACUGUACCUUUUGCUGAACCAGAGCCUACCUCUGAACCUGAACCAAAAUUCCAAUCCCCAAAGCCCGAACCUAUCACUAAACUCCCUUCCAAGCCCGAGAUAAAAUCGAAAUCUGAAAGAAAAUUAAGUCACAAAUCCGAACCUACACCAAUAUCCGAGCCUGAGCCUACAGCUGAACCGGAACCUAAAUCCGAGCCUGAACCCAAGUCCGAACCAGAGCCAAAAUCUGAGCCAGAACCUAAAUCUGAGCCUGAACCCAAGUCUGAGCCCGAACCCAAGUCCGAGCCCGAACCUAAAUCUGAACCAGAGCCAAAAUCUGAACCAGAACCUAAAUCUGAGCCUGAACCCAAGUCCGAGCCCGAGCCUGAACCUAAAUCUGAGCCUGAACCUAACUCCAAGCCCGAACCUAAUUUUGAGAAAGUUUCUAAAACACAAGUUGUAGCAGUUGGAAGAAGUAGUACAGAUGCCCAAGAAUCUCUGAAUCCAUUUACCCCUCGUCAUGACUUCAACCCUAUGGAUUGCACUGACAUUAUAAUUGGUAGUGCCAGAGGUAAUAACAGCAGAAUCGCGGACUUUUACACUAGAGACCGAUCAACUCCUAGAAUGGACUCAUUUUGGGGCGGUAAGAAUGAUCUUACCACUGCUAUGGGCUUUGAAAAGGACGGAGUUACUACAAUUCUCUUUAGAAAAAAAUUAGAUUCCAAAGAACCAACAGAUCAUUCUAUAGAAAAUGAUAUCAUGCACGUGAUUUUCGCGCAAGGCCAGGAACCUGGAAAAUAUAUUCACGUGCCUAAAUCCGGAGUAGAAACAGCGGAAGCCAAAAUGAAAGAUUUCUAUAAACCAGACGAAUUGAAAUAUCAUGGACAUAAGCAUCAACGAGGAGUCAUCAGCUUAAAUUUCUUCGACGAGAAGAAAAUGGUGGAACCUGCGGGAGCUGUGGCGACUAGCAAGUCAGCGGAAACAACGGAUUGUGGUGGAAUAUGGAAAAUACCACGAAAUUGCAAUCCGGAUAACUACACAUGUGAAUAUUCCGCAAAAUGGGAACUGAUACCAAGAAAAGAUACCAUAAUCUUUACAAUAACCACGAAACAUACAGACACUUGGACCGGAAUAGGUUUUUCCGAAAAUGAACGAAUGUCACAAACCGAUGCCAUCUUGGGUUGGGUGGAUAAAACCGGUCGACCCUUUUUAAUGGACACGUGGAUAAACGGUUAUUCUCAACCAUUAUUAGACAGUUCCCAGAAUAUUUUUAAUGCCACUGGUAAAAUAGUGGACGGCGUGACGACACUAUCAUUUGCAAGAAAAAGAAUAACUGAUGAUCCUAGAGAUGUCUCGUUCACUAAUGACAAAUGUGUGUUUAUGAUGUUUCCUACUAGAGGGGGCGCUUUUAACGGAGUCAAUAAAAAAAUAAGAAAACACGAAGUUAUACCCACUGUAUCCACGGAAAGGAUCUGCAUAAGAUCCUGCGGAAACGAUGAUACGUUUGACGAAUACUUAACCACUACUGAAGCUCCCGGAUUAGGCUAUAACAUCAAAGUAAAACUAGUUGAACUUGGAGAAAACUUUAAAAUACCGAAAGAAGGAUCCAUUCAAUAUGCAGACUUUACAAAUUCUAUCGAGGAUAGCUUUAAACCCGUUUUCAAACAACUACCGGGAUACAGAAGAUUUAUUAUCAAUAGGAUAGAAGGAGAUGACAACAACGUCGUAGCGACAAUGAAUCUCGAACUUGAACAGCCAUCGGUAACGACAGGACGUUCGAUUGAUGAUACAUCCGAACUUGACGAUACAGUCCAUAAGUUGCUACAAGAAAGCGUAAGCUCAGGAAAAGUGGGUAAUCUCAAACUCGAUCCGCAAUAUUUAGUUUUCGAGCCACAAAGUAUUACCACCAACUUUAUAACAGAUGCUUCAUCUACAUCCGAUAACAGCUUCUUCAAUUUGACAGCAACCAAACUCUAUAUCGUUUUAGGGUGCAUAGUAGCAUUAGUUUUUGUAGCUAUUGUACAGGCUGGUUGUACAAUAUACAAAGCUAGGAGCCGUUCUUCUUCAAACCACAAGGAUCAUCUAAUACCAAAUUCGGCAUGGAAGGACUACUCUUCAAAUACCAAUUACGCUUUUGACGCAUUCGAAAGCCCUUCAUCGACAACUUUAGAAGAAAAAAAACAAGUAAAUGGAAAUUCUAACGGAACGUCUGCUAAACCAACAAAAGGUCGUCAUAUCCAACGACCCCAAACGCGUCCUCCAAGUGUUCCUCCUGCAGCUGCUCAGGGAGAUACUCGUUCGUUGCAACGACCUCGCGUGGGCGCUUAUCCCACGUCUAAUAUGGAUAGAAACACGUUUUCGUUACCUAGAACGGUGUACGACAGAAAUCACUAUAAUCAGAGACAGGGGCAAGAUAUGCAACCUGCGGACUUUUAUUUUAUGCCUUCUCAAAGAAAGUAUUCAGGUGAAGUUGUUAGAGUUUAUGUAGAUUAUAACAAUCAACCCAAAUGAUGUAGUUAAUGUUAUAUUUUCUAUUUAUUUUUAACUCAAAUUACAAAUUUUAAAUUUAUUCAAGGUCGAUAGAGUGGCGGAUGUUAUCAAAGAAUUGAGAUAAAUUAGUAUAAAGUGCCGGCACUACAUCGAUUUGAAAGUAUACUGGAACAUAUUGCUCAAUACAAAAUUUGUUUAUUUAGGUUGCAAAUUUUAUUAGCAUACCAUUCGGGGCCAUUACACACGGUAAUAAACGGCUUUUACGUUAUAUUUGUGGUUUUGACAGUUGACCGAACAAAAUCUAAAACUGAUUUCAAGCGAAUAACCUGGUCAUUAUUGGUAAUUACCUUUAAUAACCAACUAUAUUCAAGAGCUUUCGGUUUUUGUUGGAUAAUGUAGCACGGAGUCAUAAUUUAGCACUUUAACGUCACUAUUUUGGACCGCAGAUGACCAUACUCGUUAAAUUUGUGGUUAUCGAAGAAGUCAGGUUAAGUUCUGUAUUAAACGAUAUUUUACAAGCGUUUCAGUGAAAUAAAUAAAACAAUCAUUCUCUGUAAUUUAAAAUCUGAAAUGAAUGAAGAUUUAAUAAGGUUCUUGAGGAAAUUAUUUCAUACUAGUUAAUAUGAGCAUUAAUUUGAUGUAAUUUUUCUAAAAAUAAUUAUAAUCCAGGUUUUAAAGAUAUUAUUACUUGUGGACACUUAAUCUCAUUAUUUUGAAAGUAUACUUACACAAAUAAAAACACUAUAUUGGCAGAACACUUGCAUACAACUAUAAAAUAUUUAUUAAGAAAAUUUAUCAGAUACUUCACACAAAGAACGUUCAUGAAAGUUAUUUGUUUGUUUGAUAUCAGCAUCCUGACCUACACUAACGGUGGCAUAUAACCCUAGUGUAUCCAAGCGAAAAUUGUUGUUACUUCCAUAGUACUAUGACCCAGAACAAGACCAAAUAUAACCGCGGUCAUUCGCUUGAAAUUCGUUUAAAUAUCCAUUUGAUCAUACAAUGAGUACUUUUCGGAAACUAUGAUCGGAUUAACCCGAUCACGUUCAUUGUUGUUCGGAAACUGAUCGAGUUAAUUCAGUGGUUGUCAUAUGUUAUGAUCCUUUAUGUCCCGGUAGAACGGUGGGUGAAUACGAUCAGCUGGCGAAUUGUUUCAUUUGUCUAUGUUUUUUUUGAACUUCAAAAGUUAUUUAUUCCCGUUAAAUGGCUGACUACUAUUAAUUCUCCUGAGCAGCGGUAUUUAUAGGUUACUGAGAUUUGCGGUUUUUAUACUUUCGUCAUUUCAACGUAAACAAUAGCUUAUUAAUUUUAAACUUUAGUGUAAAAUCCGUGAGAGUGGGUAAAUUGUCGAUAACAGCUCAAUAACAAAUAUUAAACACACAAAAAAGUAUCAAAAAUCAAAAGUUCUUGUAUAUCAUGUUUUAAAUCUACCAAAAAUUGAACGCGACGUUCGUAAAUUAUUAUCUAAAUCUCUUUCUGGGUUAAGAUACGUAAUCAACUGAUAGGUGAUCUAUCUGAAUCCGGAUUAUAGUUUCCGAAGAAUCCUAUGGACUGCUACUACUCCUGUUUCCGUAGAAGAAAAAAAAGUGACAAAACGUCUAUUUGAACUAACCUCAACCGGUACGGAGUUUUGAUUCGUUUUCUUAAGAACAGUAAUUCAAUUUCUCAAAAAUUGAUUCCAAUUCAAGCAUUUCAAUUAUUAAAAGAGAAUAAAUACAUUGUUUUCUGAUAGUCUCUUCUAGUUUUUGUAAAAAUUUGAAAUUAUUUUCCAAUAUUAGUAUGUAGAAGAAUCGAAAACCAUUUUCGAAGCAUUAAAACAUAUAAAAUGCUUUUAGAGCCACUAAAAACAUCUAAUGGAAUAUAGAAUCUAACCUAAUCGUGCAAGAUCGUUUUGACGUUAGUCCUUUUAGAUAUUUUAUCACUUUCUCGACCAAACUAGCAGUUUUUGUAACUAGUUGGUUUAGGAAAUAUGAGAGGUGUACAGGAAAUUAUUGGUCGUGUAUUAGGGAAAUUGGCAACCGUGUAACACUUGAUAGAAGGCGAUAAUUAGAGGAAUAUAAUCCAUCAUUUGCGCAUGCAUUUUGUGCAUUAUGCUUUCCGUUAUAGGUACAUUAGGACAAAUAAAUGUAUAUGUUGAGAUUCAAGAGGUAGUUGGUUUAAAUUAAUUUAAAACCCUCGCUUAUAUAUUUUAAUAUAAAUAUAGGUAUAAACAAAAUGCUUCUUUACCUACAUCAAAGUAAAAAUUAACAAUAUUGAUGAUCAUUUUCUGCAGUGUUUGGCUUGACUAGAUCUGAGUUAGGAAGCAAUCAUCUGCUUAUCACUUUUUGGAAUUUGUAAAUGUUUUAUUUCAUUUGAUCCAUGUAAAUAAUGUGAUUUAUAAUAUGUAAUAUCACAAUGGUCUGACUCAAGGUUACUUUUGACUACAAUUUAGCUAACACAUGAUUAAUCUAAGUUGCAAGAUCCCUGUGACUUUAAGUUCCGUUUAUGAUUUUGAAAUGAUACUAAAUUUUGUUUCUUGUAGGAGCGUGACAUUGUUCUUGGACUUUUUGUUCUUCAGAAAGCCAUUGGUUGAAUUCUUAAAAAAAUAAUGAGUAAAUCCCUCCGUUAACCCUGAAUUUAUUCCGGAAUCAUGUGUCUUCCUAAAUCUAAUAAAAAUUAUUAUUUUAUUCUCACCAUCAAAACUUGGAAACUGUAAAUGUAGUAUAUUAUUUUUAAAAUUGUGUUUGUGCUCCAGAUGACUUCUCAAGUCUCCAUUAAAUUUAAAAAAGAGACUGCAUUCCACACGCAUAUAUUUUGUUUCACUUCCAUAUUCAAUCCAUUCGGAUGAUUUAUUAUGAAUGUUUCUUAAAUGUUUAUUUAAGUUAAAGUGGGUUGAAAAAAAUUUGUCACAUUCAAAACACAAUACCGCAGCUUAAAAUUAGGACAAAAAAGAUUCAGAGUAGUUUGAGAAAAGUGAAAAGUAUUCAAAAAAUCAAAACAAAACCGAAUUUAAAGUUAGGUUAUGAUAUAUUAUAACUUAUUAUUUAUUCGCAUGCGCAGAUGAUGGAAUAUAUUCCUCUAGUUAUCGCCUCCUCAUUUGAUUUAAUGCAGUCAUGUGUCAUAAAUUCUUGUUUUGUGUUUUUUCAUUCUAUGAGUAGUAGUCCCCCAGUAGCGCAAGCUUCAGGUUUUUAGGAAAAAACAUAUUCAAAAACACAAAUUGAACUUUGGUGAAAAUAAACGCAAUCUCUGUAAGUGGUCGCUAAAUCAGCAACGGAAGUGGGACCUUUUCCGUUGGAAUCACCAAUGUUUGAGGAAAUUCCCGGUUCUUCCGAUGGAAUAUUGGUCAUGUUGUGUCAAUCUGCAGAUGUUUUGUUGCAACGUCACGAUUUAAUGCUGAAGUUUUAUCAUACAAAGUACUUUUUGGAAUGUUGUAGCGCAACGAAACUUCUCUCAAAUAAAGUUCUUUAGUAAUUGCUAUUUGUGAAUAUGCUUGGUGCCAAUUUCCUGACUGAUACUGUAAAAGCCGUUAAUAUGAUAUUUUUGAAAUAAAAAUUUAAGGUAUUCUGAGUUAUUUAUGGAAAAGAGGUGCAUGUAUAAUAUCUAGUCUAUAAGUUCUAAAUAUCCAGUGAAAUAAUUAACUUUUAGUAGAAAAUAUGACGACAUAAGUAUAUCUAGAAAUAUAAUAUUAGUAUAAAAAGUAUUAUUGUAUAUAUAUAAAGUGUGUUAUGACUACACUUCUUUACCAUUAUUUCAACAAAAGGUGAGUGCGAGUUACAAAUUACCGCCUUUAUUAAAUUUACCAUAUUUUACUCAACUGAAUUUACUCCAGCUCGGCAGAGGAGGAGCUAUUCCUAUUUCAGGGCCUACUCCAAUAAACCCUUCUCCUCACAAAAAUCCUCCUUAUCCUACUAAACUUUAACCAACGAAUCUCUCUCUCUCUCUCUCUCUCUCAACUGAAUUUUACUAAACUUUGCAUAUUUUUUUUCUUAGCACCCGUAUAUUAACAAGUAUCGUCCUCUAGACAUUUCUGGUAGUUGGCGCCCAAUGCCAAUUAAGCACAUAUGCUUUCUGAUGCGCCUGUCGUGCCCCACUUUACAUUACCAAAGACCGCUGUACUUUGAGAAGGCGCUUUAGCUUAAAUCUUUUGGUGUCAUUAGGCAAGCUGCGAGGCUUGCCUAAGUGUUUGAAUCGCGUCACAAACGAGGUCUACAGUUUCAUCCUUCUUCAUGCAUCAGCGGUACUUCGGAUCCUCCGUGAUCCUCAUAGUGUCUUAGACGACCGUGUACAGUUAAAAGUCCGGUCCCUAGUCGAAUUUCUUACCCGGAGCAGUUGUUUGGUAAGUGAGGCAGAAGGACUUUUUGGGAAACUAUGAUCGGGUUCAAAAACUAACCCAGAUCACGUUCACUGGAGUUCGGAAACUGAACUGGUCGUGGUCAUAUGAUAGAAUCCUUUAUAUUAUGGUAGACCAGUGGGUAAAUGACGGGUUAUUUAUUUUGGUCUAUAGUUUUUUCAACUUUAAAAAUUAUUUAUUCCACUCAUAAGGUUGUCUAUGAUUAGUCGUUUAGCUUGUGUGAACAUUAACGUACUAAGAAGUGAUAAAAAUCAUCAUGGAUAUACAACUGCUAAAUUCAGACAGUACCCUUCGUCAACACCAGCGCAAUUUUUGGAAUGUUUCUGAAACUUUGUUAACCGUAUACACUUUUUCAACUUUCCCCUGUAACUUCUCCUUCUCUCUACCUUUCAAAGUGUUUAACGAUCAAGUUUUAAUUUCGAUAUUUCUACUGAAAACUGAUCUUUAUCUCGUUCUGCAUUCAGCUGAUAUGAUGUCUAUCUAAUCCAAGGUCGUAGGUCCAUUUAUGCCUCACGCCAGGUAUGUCUAUUCAUCUCCACCGAGCUUUUCUUGCAUGCAGACCGUUUCGAAACAAAUAUAUUCGUUCUGAGAUAGUUAAUAAUUUUGAAACACCUUGUAUUUUGAAAUGAUAAAAUUAUAUAUAAUAGAAAUGUUAUUUAAGUUAUCAAAGCCAAAUAACCUCUUAUUUGAUGUGUAAAUAUUUUAGUUCAUAGACAAACUAAUUUGUUAUAUUGUGUUUUGAAAAAUUAUUUUUAAUGUAAAAAAUAUGAAACUUUUAAAAAAAAUCGGUUCCAAAUAAUGUUUUUGAACCUGCAAAAUUUGUUUUUUUUUUAAUCAUAUAUUUUGUUAUACAGUUCAAAUUUAAUUAUUAACCAAUAAAUAUUGAUAAAACAAA